AUGAGCGAGCAGGGGGAUGAAUUGAUCCAAGACCAUACCCAGCUAGCGGAGCUUUUGGCCUGUAGUGUGAUGCUAAUGAGUUUUGAGGUUGCCCGAGGGGGGGAGCAUGAUUGGUUACUCCAUCUUAAUGCUAUCACCUCCUUGAUGAGCAAUUUAUCGCCUGAGUGGAUUUUCAGCUGUCAGGAGCAUGAUGCGUCCUUCAACAAGGACAGUUUAGCCGGGUUUUCUGACCGAGGAACUAGUGAUGACACUGGUUCUUUGAGAUUCAUCAUAGUUACUGGAUUAUGGUUUGAUAUAUUCUCGUGUUUGUCAACGGACAGAUUACCACAACUUCCAUACCGAAAAUGGCUUGGUAUUCAGGAUUUACACAUGGCUGACCUCAUGGGUUGUGAAAAUUGGGUCCUUGUGGCGAUUGGUGAUUUAGCUCAUUUGGCCAAGUGUAAAGAUGUGCAGGGCCCAGGUGAAGUUGAAUGCACUGCAGAACUUCUUGUUCAAGGGGAAAGAAUUUCCACGGAUCUGGAAAAUGGCAUCGACAAACUUGAAAUCGCAACAAAAAAAUCUGGAAAACGAUCACAGAAGGACUGGGUGUCAAAAUUCUUUGCAAUAGCUGCACUUGUUCUUUGUCAUUCUAUUACUCUGGGCCCGUUGCUUGGUUCCCCGUCGAUACGAAGUACCGUGGGCAAAGCCUUGACCAUGCUUGAGUACAAGGAGGAGUCAAUCUCUCUUACGGGCUCAGUAUGGGCAUUGUGCAUAGUCGGAUGCAUGGUGUGCCCACCAGAUCGUCCAUAUGUUGAGGGUCUGAUGGUAGAGUUGGUAAAUUCUUCGGGUGGCAUUGGAAACUCGGCCACUGUUCUAAAAAUAAUGCGAAAGUGCUGGGAAAUGCAAGAAGUCGACCAGGCAGAUUGCAGAGAUGCUAUGUUGGAGUUAGGAAUUCAUGCUCUGCUGGUGUAA